GCCAGCCCAGCCCAGCCCAGCCCGGGCGCACCGCUGCAGGACGCCGCGGCGGCGGCAGGCGCAAGGCCAACUCAGCGGACGCUUCGUCCCAACCUCCCGCCGCUGUCGUCCGUCGCUGGAGGGCCCGCGGAGCCUGCGGAGGCCCUCGGCUCCGAGCGCUGGGCGGACAGCGACCCGAGUCCAUGGCCCCCGCGGCGGCGGCUCCGUCUUCCUUGGCCGUCAGGGCCUCCAGCCCAGCCGCGGUACCCAGCUCGUACGGGGCCUUCUGCAAGGGGCUCUCGCGCACCCUCCUCGCCUUCUUCGAACUGGCCUGGCAGCUGCGCAUGAACUUCCCCUACUUCUACGUCGCGGGCUCAGUGAUCCUCAACAUCCGCUUGCAGGUACACAUUUAACGUCUGGAUUAACUUCCCGGCCGCCGAGGCCAACAUGGUGGCCGACUCCCGGGAGGCCUUGCGGCGUGGCGCAGCGCCCGGCGAGGAGCUUCGCAGUCUCGCGAUAGUGCCUGGGUUCUGCCCGCGCCUGCGCGCUUCGCUCCUCGCCGACCUUCUUGGGCGGGGCGGAAUGCCGGCAGCGAUUGCAGUGCGCGGUUCCGGCGACCGAGAAUAUCAAGUUAAGACCCACGAACACACCUAAGAAGCUUUGCGCCCUGAAAGCCUACUCUGGAGGGAUGUAAGGACCUGACCAAGGGCACAGCGUGCAUUCAGGGAAAAAACUGAAAAGUAACCUGGGAUAACGUUGGAUUGGAUUGUAAGCAAGACUUGAAUAAAUAAGAAGCCGAAGGGAUUCAAGAUAAUGUGGAAGACAUCCGUUUCUGCACGGGAGGAGAAGAUGACAGUCAUCGAUUUUCAGUGGGGAAAAGCAUCGCACACCAAACGUAAACGUCUGCAGGAUUUUGAAGAAAUGGAGUGUAAGAAAAUGAAUCUUAGAGGUGCCCCCUGUGAGCUGCCUAUGGGCCCCCAGCAGAAGAAGAAGCAAUCCACUUUGCUGCUUGACACUCGGCUGUUCCCUGAACAACGUUCGAGUCGUCAUCAUCAUGCUCUUUACGGCUUUCCUCUUUUGAAGGAUUACUUAAGUUAUGGUUACAAAGUAAAUGCGAAUGUUUUUCAGCUCUGAUGUAAAACUAGAGUCUAUAAGGGAGAAUAUGAAGGGGGGGAGGAAGGUUUCUGGAUUAGCUGUAGUGUUUAUAAAACAGCUGGACAGCCGUGGGUUGUUGGUUCCUUAGGGGGUAGCUGUCAAGUUCCUAAAAUAUAUACUAAAGUUCCUAAUAUAUAUACUAUAUAUACUAAAGGGGAUCGGUGAUGGAGAAGGCUUGAAGUCAACAGAAAGGGACCAAAAAUGGAGAGUUUGAUGGGAUGUCUCAAAAAGGAAAAAAAAAUGAUAGAUUGACCAGUGUAUUUGAAAUAAAGAAGAUUUUUCUUUUUUCAGAGAGUCUGAUGAAUUAGUGGCCUGCAGAUUUUUCAAAAUUAAGAAAACAAAACAGGUAAUUAUGAACUGAACCCCAGGAAAAAUAAAGGUUCAAAAAGUAUGCAGCAUACCUCAACUGUGAUUAACACUAGUUGUGUAAAGUCAGCCAAUAUUAUGUAAAUACGGAAUAGUCAUUUAAUGAGUGAUUUACUAAGGUCAGAAGGCUGGGACAGGAUGAAAGAGCUGGGUGUAAUGAGGGAGUGUCAAUCAAGGUCUAAUGUAGACUAGUCCAUGAAAAACAGGAUAAACAUAAAUUGGAAAAAUAAUCAGCUGAGAGUUAAAUGUGGUAUGCUCUGGAUAAAGGAUAUCAGGGGUGGAUAGAGAAAAGGCAGAGAGGUUUGCUGUUUUUCACUACCAGUCUUACAGUAUUUGAUUUCGUUUUACCUGUGUAUAUGCUAUAAUUAAAAACAAACUUUUAUUUUUAAAAGUUCUCUAGUUAAAAUGUAUACCACUGGGUUAAGAGCCAAGAAAGUAGAAUGCGAUUGAGUUUUUAAGUCAGGAAAACCCCUAUUAAAGUAUAAACUCUGAUUGUGUGGCCUGAGGUGAGCCCAUUAACCUCUCUUUCAUCAGCUGUUAAAAGGUAAACAUAUCUGCCUUGAAAGAUUAGUCUAAGAAUUAAAUAAUUAAAAACCAUGCUUGGUUCUGUGCUUGAUAAAUACACAAAAGCAGUAUUUGUCAUAUAAAAUAUCAUAUUAAAAUGUGAAUAAAAUGUAAAACCCAAGAAAAACCCUGCUUUUCCAGUGGAGGUUUUAAAUCCUUAAGAGGGUAGUGACUAGUGUGCUGGGUAGGAACCUAUAAGAAGAUCCUAGGUAAGGCGUUUGCAUAGAAAGGUGGUGUUAUUGCCAAAGGUAGAGGUUUAAACUGUUUGCAGUGUUGUGUAUUCCACUCAUGUGUACAACAAACUAUGGUUUUAAAAUCAUACGUGUUCUGCCUUGUCCAGUACCAUGUCUGGUGUUAGGUUCUUCCUACUCUUUAUCCUUUGUCUCCAGCCCAACUCUUUUGAGCAUAUCCUACAAUCUGUGUUUUCUACCAAUAGAAGUUAUAUGAAAAAGUAAAUAUUCUAUCGAUUAAAUAUUUAUAAAUAGGUAAAUAGUUAAUAUCUAUUUGUUCUCCAAAUAGGAAGCUCUGUGAGGAAAAAUACUGUAUUUUAUCCAUUUUUACACCCUGAAAUAUCGGCAGAUAACAUUGUAUUAAAAUGUAGUGCUGAGAUUUAUCAUUUAGUCUUCACAGUUGCUCUUAAACUUUGAAGUGUGUUUAUACUCCUAUAUAAUGUAAUUCAUUUACCUUUCCCAGGAGAGUAAACAAGAUUUCUGUCUUGAUUAAACCACUUGCUAUUUUGUUUCUCCUGGCAUACUUCCAGGUAAUAUCUAUAAGGCCAAGGAUUUUGUAUGUUUCCUGCUCCAGCCCCAAGCCUAGAGCAUUACCUGAAACAAAGUACAUAAUAAAUAUUUUUGAAUGGGUCAGUAGAUCUGAUGUUAGUUAUUCUGUACAUUAUCAAGUCAAUAAAUGAAAACAUGUGUUGACCUUGAUGUUAAGAUAAUCCACUUUAUAGCCUUUAAAUGGAGCAUUUUCAAAUCAUUAUGAAUAUUAGUUGGUUUGGAAAUCCCUCGAGAAUGAAGAAACCAAGAGAUGAUUAUUACCAAUAAAGAAAAAACUAAACUGUAACUGACUUAAAGAAAUGAGGAAUGAUAACUGUGUGUUAUAAUUUAACUAUAAAAGUGAAAGAGUAAAUAUAGUUACACAAAUAAUGAAUAGGAGAGGAGAUUUUUAUGCAUAAUUUAUUAAUUACCAUCACCAUCAUUUUUAAAACUUCAUUGAGUUUUUAAUACCAGGAGCUAGGAAAUAUUUAUAUACAUGGUAUCCAGAAUUCUCACAAAUAUACUGUGAGGUAAAUAUUUUCUCAUUUUUUCAGGUAGGGAGGCUAGGAUUUAGAGAGGCUAAGUAACUUCCCAAGAUCAUCACUAGCCAAAACAGUUCAAUCUCCAGUUACCCUGAAGAUACAUUUCAAAAGAGGUUCAUCUUUCCAAAGUGAAUAGGUAAUUCAAAAUAAUAACCUCUAAUUUCCAAACACAUAUUACCACAGUAAUAAUUGGUGAAUUUUUAAAAUGUAAUUGAGGGCCUUCUGUUAUAUAUUCAUUGUGAUUUGAUAAGUAAAUUCAAGUUUUAAUAUUCUUCCACCUGAA